GCCUCGGACGAAACAGUCAGUCACCCCAUUCAUGCCCAGGCUUUCCUUUUUUUCAAGCUCCCAGAUGAUCCGGUCAUCCACAAGGCAAGGCAAUUCAUUACUCGUCUAUCACGAAACUAGGAUCCAGACAUCGUCACACUGAGGGAGGUCCCGUCCGCACAGCGUCCGCACUUGCAUGUCACAUCGGCAUCGGCAUCGGCAUCCCCGGGGUGAGCGAUGACGGUGGUAGUACCCGCCAUCAUGCCCACGGCCAUGGCCCAGGCCUGUCUGCGGUGCAAGACGCAGAAGCGAAAGUGCGAUCGGCUUCUGCCCGUGUGUUCCCUAUGCCGGAGACUGAACCGGAGCUGCUGCUACGCGGGACCCGACGCCGUGGGCCCCCGUCCGCUGCCCGUCCCCGACCUGCUCGACCUGACCCUCGCAAACAUCGGCCACACCCUCGAGGGCCAAGUCUCGGCCAUCAUCGGCCCCCCGCCGCGCGUUCUCGCCGCCGCCCAGGCGUACUUCCGCACCGUCCACCCCUGGUUGCCCGUCGUGGCGGAGGAUGCGUACCUAGGACAGCUGUCCGCCUGCCGGACGCAGCCGAUGCGUGCGAGCUUUGGCCUGCUCACGCUCAGUAUGUACCUUGUCUGCGCUGAAACCCUGCCCGUAGACGGGGAACGACGAGAGCAGCAGCAGCAGCAGCAGCGGGAGAGACCAGAAGUUACUGCGCGGACGAAGGCUCUGUACGCGCUGCUCAAGAGCUUUGUCGGGAUGCUCGAGGCACUGCAGGACGACGACGUUGACGACGACAACUCCCCCUCCUUGGUCGAGAUACUGCAGAGCAGGCUCCUCCUCUCCGUCUUUGAGAUGGGACACGGCCUGUCCCCCGCGGCGUACGUUUCCACGGGGGCCAAUGUCCGGGUGGCGGUAUGCCUCGGCGCGGAUGCAGCGUCGUCGGGCCGCCGGCGGCAAAACACGCCUCAGCCCGCGGGGCACGCUGCCUCUGCCCAGCAAGCGUGGCGUGGCGUUGUCAUCGCCAACAGAUAUGCCACCCUCCUAAGCGGCAGAGGCUCAUGCCCCCCACCGAAACCAUCAUCCCUUGAAGUGGACGAGCACACCUUUGGGCUCAACGUCCACACAACCCCAUCGCAAAUAGACUCCUUUACCAGGCUCGCCCACGCAUCGCGGCUCCUCGAGCAGGUGCUCGCCCACAUCCACGAGACGACGCCGCAUCACGAGUUCAACACCGCAGAGGCGUUCCAGAUCAUCAAGACGGCCACGGCGUUCAUGCAGACGUUUUCAGACGGAGACCCCGCGGAGAACGCCAUUUUGUCCAGUGCCAUGGCCGUCUGCCGGAGUGCGGUGAUGGAGAUUCUGGAGUUUGGAUCGCGCGUCGUGCAGCCAGAUAGCGAGUUCUGCAACAGGGCCUCGGUGAAUAUGCUCAAGACUGUGGUCGAGGAACUCGUGCACGGCGCCUCACGCCUCCUUUCCAGCCCGUCUGUGGUGAGGACUGAGUCCUUGUCGGUGUUCAUCGCUCAUCCGCUGUACAAGGCGGCCAUGGUAUAUCUCCGUGACUUGACCGAGUCGGAUCGCAUGGAGAUGGGGCCGUCAAUCAAGCCCCUACGAGACGUUCUCUUGUUAAUCGGCAAGCGGUGGGCGGCUGCUGGUACGUUUCAGGACCGGGCGGCCUCAUGCUAUUGCCCGUUGUGCGAGUGCUAACCCUCUCGACCUAGGGCGGUAUAUCGACGAGAUUGACCGCUUUCAAAAGUAUAGUGAAACUAGGUAAUUAAGCAGUCUCGUUUUUCAAUCUAUACUCUGGGAGUCGAGCGGCCGAUGAGUAAACUGUAUAAUAAAUGUAUAUUAGAGCAUGGCAAUGGCCAUUCCUCUUGCAAUUUUGUUCCAGGUCAAGCUCGCACCCCCCGGGAGGCGUGUGUGCGUGUAAAUGCGAGGAUGAGGGCAUCGCAGAGGC